AUGCGUCUUCAUCGCAUGUUUCCUUGUCCAGCUCCGAACGCGGUGACGCAGUCGCUUUCGCUCCGAUGGCUUGCAACGACAGUCCCUAAUGGACAAGACUUUGAUACUGAACAAGCUCCUGAGAUGAAGAGGAAGGAGGAGGAGAAGAAGAAGAAGAUGGGUACAAAAGGCAGUGGUGAUGAUGGCGAAAGUGACAAGAGGACGGGGACAAUAAGGAGGAGGAGCCGUUUCGGACAAUGGCUGUUGAACCCACGUACCCUAUGCGGAAGCUCCGUACGGACGUGA